AGCUUCAUACGGUGUGGUUUGGUGGGUACCUAUACGUGGAAAUUGUUUGUUCUUCAUCGGGUGUGAAUUUCGGAUGCAACUGGGGUGGUCUCGUCUUUCUCUCUCUGGUGAUCAGCAUUUUCCGAGUGUGGUGAAACAGUGAGAACAGAGAUAGAAAAAAUCAAUACUCAAAGAAACAAAAGUGCAACCGCGAAGAAAAGGAAGAAGCUGGAAAAGUGUACCAUUUAUCUCCGCUGAGUUUGAGUUUUCCGUUUUUCUGACCGAAUCAAUUAACGUUGGUUUCGGGGUUUUCAUCGUCCAAUAGCCAAAGCACAGAAAAUACAGCAAAAAAUGGCCACAUACGCCGCAUUCAAGCACGUUGAGCUGUUCAACGUUGGAAACGCCAAAAAGAGAGUUCUUAAGCCUCCAGGCGGUGGCAGCAGCGAUCUGUUCGGUGCCGACAAUCAACCCCAAACCCCACGCAGCAUGAACAAGAACCGGAUGCAGUCCAACAUCUUCGCCGCCCCGGAAGGGCAGAAGGCAGGAAAUGUAUUUCGGCAAGGCGUCCACAGAUACUACUUUCUCGGAGAAACCCCGCGCCGUGCCGCCUCUGGUCAGGACUCGUACAACCGUCUGUUCGGAGAAGCGGAUCGUCCCUACACCCCGGCCAAGAAUCACAUGAAGAGCAAUCUGCCCAUCGGUAAUGACGCCACAGAUUCCGGCAAAACCAACGGUCACAGCAACGGAAAGGCAGCAAAUGGACAUCACCAGAAUGGAAACGGAAUCGCCCCGACGACAAAUGGCCACAGCAAUGGAAGCAGCCACACCAACGGACACAGCAAUGGAACUUCCACAUCGUCAGCGCCAUCCCAGAAUGGAUCCACUCACAUCUUCCUGAGGAGAUUAACGUCGCCCAAGUCGUCGUCGUCGUCCACGGUGUCAUCGCCCCGCUCGCCCCGAUUUGCCCAGCGGAACCCGGUCACCGGAAAUGGCGUCGAAGACUACGCCGACAAGCCGCGCAAGCCCAGCUCCAGGCGGGGAGGUAAUUGGUCAUCAGAAAACGGCAACCCGGUGACCGGUGAGGGAUACAAAUCUGGCGGUGCAGCGGAGAUCAACACAACCGUCCCAUCGCUGAACGGUGCUGGCCAUGUCAUCAACAAGAAUCGCAUUCCACCAGGUGGUUUCUCGUCCGGUCUGUGGUAAUCAGCUGGCCGCAGCCUGCAUACCAGCGGUGUAUGGGGGUCUCCAUUUAACGGGGAGCCCCUCCAGCCGCACUCUUUGUAUUUCAUUUCAAGACACACGUAAAAACCGUAAAUUGGACUAUUCGAAGCAGAUGCGCAGCAAGUUGCCAGACCUAAAAACGAUAAAUGAAAAAAGACGAUCCCGUUCCAGUAACAUAGAGUCCGCCAUCAAACCGAGAGAAAAACUCAACCGUUGCCGCCCGAUCGAAUUCCGGCUACAAUUUUUUUUUUCGUCAGGAGAAGGUUUAUCGAUUUAGGAAACCGGAAACUAUUCCGGGGUGAAUUUUCAAUGCAAAUUGUCAAAAAUAAACUGAUAGUGAUAGCACACCAUCAUGUUAGGCUGAUAUCUGAUAACAAUUAACAUAUAACGAAUUACGAAACCAAUUACCCUUUUCUGUGUAGAAUAGAGGACCGAUAAAUUUUCAAAUUGUGAAACAAUACAAUUCAUAAAUCUCUUUAGAUUCCUGUUCGAAUUUUUUGGGAGAUUGCCGAGCAAAUUUGAUAUGAUAAAUUUACGAAAAGCGAACUGAAACGACCAGAACGGUUAAGGAAAAUCUAUAGCAGCAGCGGCAGCGACUGUUUCGAACACCAUUUGUAGUUAUAUUAACAAAGAGUUUCACAAUGCCUCCAAUAGGAGGAUACACACAAACAAGAGCGCGCUGCUAUCGGCAGGACCAUAUUUCGAACGAAAUUGAGAGCAAUUAAAUUAACCACUUAUCAAAAACACACACACAACAGCAACAAUAAUUGCGAUCGAGAAAGGGAGAAACAGAUACGAGAACGCAUAUUCACAUACACGUAAAUUAACAAUUAGAGUGCAUCUGUUUAAAAUAUUACUCAACAAAUAAUGUGCAUACAGUGAGAAGAAAGACAAUUAUAAAUCGUCAGUUUUCCAGCUAUCAUUUUUCAGAGGAAAGUGCCAUUGCGCAUCACCCUCCAUACUCCAAUCCCACACAAAUAUCAAUGUGGUAGUAUUUAUAGUGCAGUUGAAUUGUAUAAUCUCAACAUAUUUAAAAACUGGAUACAAGAGAAUUAUUCUUGUCCAAUUUAAGUGUACGUUUUUCAGUGUCGAUUUCUGUAAUCCCCAUCCUACCCUUUUGCUUGUUUUUGGAUCAGUGGAAUGUAAUUUUGAUUAAAUUAAUCAGAAGGAUUCUUUUCGGCAAUGAUCACCCCUUUCGCUUUUGUACUCUUUUUUCCCUACUUUUUCAUAGAUGACCCCAUCUAUUCACGUAUCUAUCUCUUAUAUUAUAUUUGCUAUAUUUGUAUUUGUAUUACUCCAAGAAAUAGCGAAGAGCGCAAGUAUAUUCACUUUAUUAUUUGAACUCUCUUCAACCUUUCGGUACCAUUUCUUCUUUUCCUAUUUAUUAAAACGAAACUAUCAGUUUGAUGAUUUUUAUAAAAUUAUUGAAUAUGACUAAACUAAAAACUGUUACAGCGAUCACGAUCCGAGCAGAAAUCAAGUAGCGGUUCAAAAUUGAAAUGUGAACGAAUGUGGCCUCAAUUAGAAUACCUUUGCUAUGACGAUAGGAGAAAAAAAUGAAGAAUGAAAAGAAAUAUAGAAAAUAGAAAUAGGGAAAGAAGAAAGACCUUAUAUAGGAAGCCUAUAUUUGUAGAGUGGGAGAGUCAAAAUUAUUAUAAUAGUUGUAACGAUUUGAUAAUAUAUAAACAACGCAGAUGGAAAUGGAAGUGCGCCGAGAGCGUUAACUGAAUACACACACACAUACAGGCAUAAUCUACAUACCAAGAUCAGUAGCACUCAUAACGACAGAGGAAAGAGUAAGAGCUAGCGAAGAGAUGAAGAAAAAGCGAUGUCGAUACAUUCUUCUAUGUACCCUAUUUGCAUUACGCGUAACAUAUUACAAUUUGAAGGAUCCAAAAG